AUUUUCCUUCAUCAGAGCAACACAAGCUCAGUAGCACGCAAACAAGUCAACAGAUAAAUUGAAACGAAAUGGCAUUCAAGUUCGUAGCUGUAUUUGCUCUCCUGGCUGUCGCCAACGCUGGAUUACUUCCCGCCGCACAAGUCUACCACACAGCACCAGCCGCUCAUAUCGUCAAAGCUGCUCCAGUAGCUUAUGCAGCACAACCAGUGCUAGCCAAGGCCGAUGACGAGUACGAUCCUCAUCCUCAGUACAAAUACAGCUAUGAUGUGCAAGAUGCUGUGUCAGGUGACUCAAAGAACCAAAUCGAGGAACGUGAUGGUGAUGUUGUACGCGGUGAAUACUCGCUAAUUGAUGCUGACGGUUACAAGCGUACUGUGCAGUAUACGGCUGAUCCAAUCAAUGGCUUCAAUGCUGUUGUGAACCGCGAACCUUUGGUGAAAUCCGUUGCUGUUGCGCCAGUUGUUAAAAGUUAUGCGCCCGUAGCCUACGCUGCACCGGCUGUCGUUAAGACAGUUGCACCUGUGGCUCAUGCUUAUGCAGCUCCUGCUUAUACCACUUACACCACCGCCCACCACUAAGUGCCUAUUUUCGUGUUGAAAAAAUUGAUUGACUGUGUUUAUGGUAA